AAUUCUGUUCCUUGUCGUUGCCUGCGUGUAUUAAGUUUAUAAUGUGUUUGUACUAUGACAAGCACAAGUCUGUCUUUUCCAGUCAGUCUGCAUACAGCUUAGCUCUGGCUCUCAAAGAUGCUCCUAUCCCUCAUGAGCUUGCACUAGUUUUGCAGUGGUUAGGAUAUGCUGUAUCAGAGAACAUGACCGUAUCAACAGUUCGGCAGUGGGUUGAUUUAUUGAGACGCCUGACAUUUCAUGAUAGUAGUGGAGGUCAGAAUCAUGAAGCCAAUAUGAUCCCAUCCUUGCCUGCAUUGCACCAGCAUGUACUGUGUGCAGAGUAUGCCAUCUGGUUGGUAUAUGAGAGUCGAGAGGAGACCUCAUCCUUCCUUUCGUGUACUGGCUCUGGCUGGUUGAUAGAUGAAGGUGGCUCUAUUUCUGUUUUGUGGGAUACCAGGCAUGAUCAGAGUAUUUUAAUAAAUGUUUCCUACAGAUGCACCUGUCAGACAGGUUGCAGUGGCAGCAGAGGAGGAUGCAGAAAUUGUUUCCAGCAAUGUAGGCCUUGUACCACUAGAUGCAGAUGCAGAGGCAACUGUAGAAAUCCUCACAACAGAUAUGGCGUGUGCCCUAAAUGCAAAGAAACUGUAAGAGAGGAUGACUUGCAGUUAGGCUGGUCUGAUGUUGCUGUCAUUUCAUUCGAUUCAGUACCCACACCCUCUGAUAUCGAUGCUUGUGCAUCACUACCACUUCAGGUUCAUGCCCAUGCUGAUGAUAUAGAUAGCAACAGCUCAGACACUGAUUUAGAUUUGGAAUGGGAUGAUGGACUGUCAGAAACUGCAGUAAGCCUACAUGGGCAAACCCUUCGUCUGCCCGAGCAUUUUCCCUCCUAUGGGGACAUGGGCCAGAGUGAACUUCAGGCAGACAUUUCUGAUGUCAGUGACGAUGAAGAGGACUGAGGACUAUGAAGGUAUUGGUGAAACUGCUUUGCUGUUGUGUGUUAUAAAUUCUCUGGAUAAAAUAUAAUGUACUCGAUAUACAUGGCACUUUGGUUGUUUCAAUUAUGUAUUACCACCCAUGUAGUAGUUUACGUAAUUGUAAAUAACUUUACAAGUCUAAUGUGUAGUAAGAUGGAAAUUAUAGUUCAAACCGUCUGAAAAGGUAAUUUGGCUCAUCCCUAUUGGCAGUGUCUUCAGAUCUCUCUGUGUGUGUAUGUAGGUGGAGUCACACUGGUCAAGAAGUGCCUCUUUCUGUUCUCAUUAGGUGCUCACUGGUACGUAGCCUAAUUGCUAAGUCGACGUCUGUGUCAGACCAAUAUCUCUAGACUCACUUGGCCAUCUGCAUGCUGUAAUUGCAACGGCGUAUCGUACUACUUUGUUGCAAUAGCAGUUUGCGUAUACUGUAUUAGAAAUAUUCUAGCACAGUAAAUGAAUGACAGUC